GCACUGCUUUUUGCUUCUGAUAAUACAUGUGUUGUGGAUUGGUGGUUUAUCACUGCUAUCAUCAGUCCCUCCACAUUUAGUUGUGACCCACAGUGGGAAUUACCACCAAGCAAGCACGAAAAGUGGAAUUUCACGCUCCAAAGUUUCAUCCACCAUGAGACUGAAGCUUUCCAUUGCGACCACGAACGAGAGUUUCCCAAAACCAGGGGAAAUAUAUAUCUCUUCCGACACCUUGGAACACUUGUAGCGCAAACCAAAACGAAAGAUGACGCGAAAACCCAAACCGGCUACCAAGGGGGACAGCUCUGCGGCGCCUCCGAAAUCCGCCCAAACAAAAGCCCAAGACGACCAGGUCAUGGCGACAAACAACAGCAGCAUCGUCUCAAAGCGCAGCGUCGAGAAGCUCUAUUACCCCAACGAGCCGCACUUCUUCCGCUACUUUGUCAAGAAGUUCCAGCGCCGCGCCCCGCUCAUCAACAGGGGCUACUGGCUGCGUCUGCGGGCGAUUGACGUGCUAGUCAGGGACUUCCUGAGAGGAGCGCGAGCGAGGGGAAAGAGGGGGGUGGUUGUAAAUCUGGGGUGUGGCAGUGAUGUCCUGCCCUGGCAAUGCCUAACCCGCUACCCGGAGGAAUGUGGCAAUGUCAGGUUCGUGGAUGUCGAUUUCCCGGAUCUCAUCGAGCGGAAGCGGCAGACUGUGCUCGGCACGCCAGAGCUGCUGGGCAUGCUGACUGGCCUGAGGGAGAAGGAAGGGUUGGUCCGGCCGGUUGUGUUGGAAAGCGACCGCUAUGUGCAAAUCGGGUGCGAUCUGAGAGAUCUCGGGACCCUUCAGGCGGGGCUGGCCGCUGCCGUGGGGGACUUUGCCGAGUGCGAGUUCAUCUUUGUGGCCGAAGUGUCGAUAACGUACAUGGAGACGGAGGGGGCGGAUGCCGUAAUUCGGUGGGCUUCGACGGUUGGGAAUGCCGAGUUUGUCCUGCUCGAGCAGAUCCUGCCUGACGGAGAGAACCACCCCUUCGCCUCUACCAUGCUGCGACACUUUGAGAAACUCAACACACAGCUCAAAUCCGUCACGGAGUACCCAACUGCCACUGCACAGCACGCGCGCUUCUCGUCCCGCGGGUGGGACUCGGUCCAAGUGUGGACGCUCUGGCAGGCUUGGGCCGACGAGACCUUUCUCUCCGCUUCCGAGCGGCGAGCCUUGGAUGAUAUUGAAGAGUUCGACGAGUGGGAGGAGUUUGCCCUCUUCGCCAGCCACUACUGCGUAGUGCACGCUCGAGCAGGCAGCACCUAUACGCCGACAUCGACGCCGUCUUUGCCGCACGGCCCGUCAAUUCCCCUUUGGCACGCUGCGCUGCAGUUCGACGAAUGUCCCGGAGCGAGGGGCCAGCGGCGUUUCGCAGCGGCUAUGCCGUUAUUUGAGGACGAGACGCAGCAGUCGGUUCUGAAUGUCCUAGGCUUGGGCACCAAGAGUCGACUGCAGUCUUGUGAUGUUUUCAGCCUGGGCGCUUCACACGGCGCAGGGGCACUUACCUUCCGUGACGGCGGUCCAACGACCAGGAUGUGUCACUCCCUGACCGAUCUCGGAGGUAACGGCGUACUUCUGGCUGGCGGUCGCGCCUCGCCGUCCAAGCCCCUUAAAGACUGCUGGCAUUUCGAUAAGGGUUCGAAGACCUGGAAGCAGACCCAUGAUCUUCCGGUUUCGUUAUACAGACAUGCCGUCACCGCCUUAGGGGACUCCGGGCUGGCCUUGCUUCUUGGCGGAAGAGGAGAGGUAAAGACGUUCGAAGGCUGCCUUGUGUACCAUCCUGAAACCGGUUGGGUGAACUGUGAGAUAGUUGGUCACAAGCCAGCGGCUGUAUACGGAGCGGCUAUCUCCUGCGGGAAGAGUCCGAGAGGAUCUUCGUCUUUCCACGGGCUAUACACAGGCGGUAUACACAGCGGCCUUAUAUCUGACCAGACCUUGUCCUGGAAAGCCGAUAUCUCUGAUAUAAAGAAACCUACCAUCAAGUUCACUCCGUUGAGGCUUUCAGAGAAUGGAGACGUGUCCAGGUCUCAGUGGUUGUUGACUAGGUUCGGGGCAACCUGCGUCCAGCAUGGGGACGAGUAUCUCAUCGUAGGCGGCGUCGCCAGGGACCAUCUGCUGAGCCGCCGAGAUGAGAUGUUACUGUGCUCUGUGUCUGACGAUGAGCUCACCAUUACUCGUCGACUCUUUGGGCAGGGCACUGAGCACGAGUCAAUAAACCGUCCGCUUUUUGUUGGACAUUCAGCCGUUCCUAUGCCGGACGGCAGCGUGGUGGUUGUGGGCGGUGGAGCAACGUGCUUCUCUAUGGGCACCUUCUGGAAUAAAGGUGUGUAUACCCUCCGGCCGCCAGCCCGCGGGAGCCAAGCGGCACGAACAUCUCCGUUCCCCCAGCGAUGGGUGUAUGCGAAGACUGUCGAUAUCGUUCCGGCCAACUUGAGUCCUGUAGUGCCCCCCAAGCUUCAUGAGCAUGGGAAACCAGCCUCCAUCACUGCCAUACCCCGGUUGAAGCUGGAAACUGCCGCCGACUUUCUACAGAUCAUACAAAAAGGCCUACCGGUGGUGCUGGAAGGCUUGGACCUGGGCAGCUGUGUUUCAGCGUGGACACUCAACUAUCUCGUUGACAAAAUCGGGGCAGAUCGCAAGGUGGUCAUCCACGAGGCCGCAACCCAGGUAAUGGACUUCACAAACAAGAACUUCCGCUACAUCACCACCGGCUUCCAAGAUUUCGCGAAGAGAGUGGGAAAGGGUGACAGGUUGUAUCUGAGAGCGCUGUCCCACGAGAAGCCGUCCGAGAAGCCGGCGGUGUUGGCCGAUGACUUCCCGGCCCUGGCUUGUGACUUUGUACUGCCUGCGCAACUGUCUCUGGUGUCGGAGAACCAAUUCAGCUCUGUGCUGAGAGUGUCUGGGCCCGUGAAUAUGUGGUUACACUACGAUGUGAGUUCCGCCCCUUUUAUUCCAUUUCCGGCAUCUGUUGUACUCAUGACGAGCUUACAGGUCAUGGCGAACGUCUACUGCCAGAUUGGCGGCUCCAAACGGCUCCUACUCUUUCCGCCAUCCGACGUCGAGUACCUGUCCUUUGCGCCCGGAGCAUCCAGCUCAAGCAUAGACGUCUUCUCCUCGCUGGAGUCGCCCCAGCUCGCGCAUACCCGGCCACAGGAGGCUGUAUUGUCGCCAGGGGACGUGCUCUUCUUGCCGCCCCUCUGGCUGCACACAGCAACGCCGACCUCGGACAAUAGCAUCGCGGUCAAUGUCUUCUUCAGGGACCUCGACGGCGGCCAUUACGCGUCGGGCCGUGAUGUGUAUGGCAACCGGGAUCUCGCUGCUUAUGAGAAGGCUAGGCAGGACGUUGGUCGCAUCGCGAGCAGCUUCAGGAAGCUGCCAGACGAGGCCAGAGCGUUUUACAUCCUGAGGCUGGCAGACGAGCUCCGUGGACUGGCACGCGGCUGAGGGACUUAACGGGGUUCCCUGGCCAGCCUCCAUUCUGACCACGUCGCAUUCCUGUGGCCACUAUGCCCCUGCCGCUCUGGUCAAGUCGCCUUCUGGGGUUGCCCGAGCGUAAGUCCGGUGCUCUCGUCCGGUGGGCUUGGGUCAUCAUCUGCGCCAUGCUCACCGUCUUCGCGAUGUCAAGAGCACACCAAUGGUGCAUAUGGCCAAAGCACUAAAACUUGUCUAUUCACAGAGCCCCCGGCACCCUGAGAUUGUAGUCGAUGCGCCGCCGUAGCGACAAAUAUGUCCAUCUGCACACCAUCUAGCCGCGACUGGCCUCGUCAUCAGCCGCUGCAGGGCUGAUCAAAACGCCGAAACAGUCGCUGUUUCAUGACUCAGGCACCGAAGUGGGCACGGGUGGUGCG